GGGGAUCGCUGGGCAGCAGAUGAUUGGCGGUCACAUUGAUUCGGUUCAGCCACCAGUAGUCAUCGGGCGAUUUUGAUAGAGGUGGCUCCUCGGGUCCAUGACGCGCCGCCAGAAGUCCUCAAACAUCACAUAAGGCGCCGCGGUGUGCUUGGCCUGAUCGGGUAGGAAGAUGACGUUGGCCAUCACGCGGCCGUCCUCAUCGACCAGUGGAUGGUGGAUUCUCACAACGCCGAUUCGGUGGUCCGGCACACCGAGGAGCUUCUCGACGUCCUCUUCCAGCUUGCGCUUGAACUCCACUUGGCGCAGAUCGCUCACGCGAAGCUUGCCCAUGUCGAGUUGGAUGGUGGUGGAAUAAGGGGUGCCCCAGUCUGUCGCACUCGGUGGCUCCAGCCCGAAAGUGAAUGGGAGCUCCUUCGGCUCAGAGAACCCAAUCAUCAGAGCCUUGUCUUCGCCAUAAUCGAUGAGUCGUCGCCGAUGUGCCGUGCUGUUGAGGUACUCUCGAAUCAACGGCACGUCGCGCCUGGCGUGCUCGUCAGGCUUGAGCGUUACGAGACCGACCACCUUGAGCGCGUCGCUCUCACGCGAACGGAGACAGCAGUUCUUGCCCAUCAGAUCGAUGUGCAGCGUCUUGAGGUCCGCCGAAGAAUAGCCGCUCACAAAGCACAUGUCCUCGCCCCCUUUCAUCUGCUCCUCGCUGCACUCUGGCAGCGGGAUGAUGGGGUAGGCCUGCGCCGAGAGGACGGGCACCAUCUGGCAGAGGAUGUCGGUGAGGGGCACGUGAGAGGGCACCACCACCGCAGACACUUGAUAGGGUCUGCAGUAGGUGGUCUCCAGCCCCAUGACCUCGACGUCCAGCACAGGAGAUCCACGUGUGCGGUUCACCCCCAGCAGCUGCAUCGCCGGCCGCACCUCCAAACCCACAAAGGCCGACGCACGGGCGGUCGGGCGAUCCGUCGAACUGAUCGCCUGAUCACAUCAAACACAUAUCAGUACAUUGUGUAUGCUCUUUGACUGUGCUCCUCUCCCUCCCUCCCUCCCUCCCUCCCUCCCCCACUCUCUCUCUCUCUCUCUCUCUCUCCCGCAGGCACCCCCGUACAUGAAUCAUGUAGAUCUUCUCGGCGGACUCGACCUGCGGUGUUCCCGCGAGCACUCCUGUCCUCUCGUUGAGCGUCAGCCCCAAAGGCAGCACAUCGCUCUCAAAGCGCAGCGGCACACCGCACUCCCAGGUCGGGCGGAGCUCGGGCAUGGGGAUCCCAACGGACAGUGUCGUCACGCCCCCAUAGCCGUAGCUCAGGGUGGUCGGUGCCGUGCGAGUUGCGUGACUGAUUGCGAGGGUAACGAUGACCCGAGAGACCACCCCGCCCACGACGUAGAAGAUCAGGUAAUUGAUCAGGUUGCUACAGAAGCCGGCGGCCAU